AUGCCGACCGUGUUCGUCACUGGCGCGGCUUACUUCAGCCGCGGGUUCGAUGCUGCCAUGGUGAAGGAGGACUUGGCGAGCCAGAACGAACCACGCCAGCUCUCCGCCCUCUACCAGGUUGUGGCGUACAUGGCGAUGGGCAAGGACAUGUCGAGCCUCUUUAAUGAAGUCUCCGCGCUCACCUCCAGCACAAACAGCACCAUGAAGCGGCUGGCGUACUUGUACCUGAUGGAGAACAGCCGUGUGCAGCCGGAGCGUACGGUGCUGCAGGCUGGCACGUUCGUGAAGGACACCCUGCACGACUCACCGCUCGUCCGCGGCGCCGGCCUGCGUACCAUGACGAGUAUUCAACUGUCCGUCAUGGCCGACUUCGACACAGCCCCGCUCAGCCGCUGUCUGGAGGACAGCUCCGCGUACGUGCGACGCAUCGCCGCGAUGGGCGUGUUGAAGCAGUACGCCAAGGCACCGAACGUGUCGUCUGCGUCGGACCUGCUCGACAAGCUGAAGGGGCUGCUUAAGGACACGAACGCCGCAGUCGCCGGGUCCGCGGUGCGGGCAAUGCUGGAGCUGCAGUACCGCAACGCGCCUGUCUCGUACAUCUACGCGCUGCUGGAGGCUCGCCCGCACCUGAUCGAGAUGCUGAUGCAUGGCAACGAGUGGACGACGGUGUACCUGCUUGAGGGUCUCGCCAUUGCGAUGAUGUGGGAGUGCCACGAGGCGGUGGGCCGCGAGCGUCACCGCUGCCGCGGGCUUCAGCCUUCCGUAGCCUCGAGCACUGGCGUCCACAGCACCGCGGAGCUGACCUCGACCGCGCUGUGGCGUAGCAGUGACCCUGCCGCGCACGGCGAAGACGGCGAUGAGCUUGACGCGCUUCGCCGACAGUACAUCGCCGAGGGCGAGGAGACACUGGAGGCGGUGCUGCCACUGAUGCAGUACGCAAGCCCCAUAAUUGUGCUCAGCGCUAUCCGAGUUGUCGGGCUUUUUUUGCAUUCGGUCACCUCAUCCCGUCUGUGCGUUCCGGAGGCGGAGCAGUCGAGGCUUUUGCAGCGCUACACUACCUCUCUCGUUCAGCCGCUGGUAGAGCUGCUCGAGGCGCCGCGGUUUGAGAUGCAGUAUGUCGUUCUGCGCAACAUCGCACAGUUCCUGACGCCUGUGUUCACACCGUACCUGACUGCACAUCUCAGCAAGUUCCUCGUCAAGUUCGAGGAUCCCAUCUAUGUGAAGAUGGAGAAGCUGAACCUCCUGGUGCGCUUCGCCAACCGCGAGAACGGUGUGCGCGUGUUAGAUGAGCUCAUGGUGUACACCCGCGAGGCCGACGUCGCGCUGGUGCGCACGGCCAUCAACGCCAUUGGCGUGCUGGCUACAAUGCUUCCGGAGCUGUCGGAGGAGUGCGUGCGCCAAUUGGGGCAGCUCAUUGCCACGCGUGUGCCGCACUUGGUGGAGGACACGGCUGUCGUGGUGCAGAUGGUGCUGCGCUGCUACCCGGGUAAGUUCACCGACAUCAUACCACCCUUGUGCGCCUCACUGACGAUUCUGGGGGCGACGGAGGCGAAGGCGGCGGUGGCAUGGGUGCUCGGCGAGUACCCCGACAGCGUCUCCGAGUCUGUCAUCGAGUAUGUUUCGGUGCUGGUGAACCAGUUCAUGGAGCAGCCGCGCCUAGUCCAGUGCGCCACCAUGACGGCACUGGCGAAACUGUACCUGCUCAGCGCUCGCAAUGCGCAGGGCAAGGACAGCAGCAGCGCCAUCAAGAACGGGGCGCAGGCCAUGCUAGAGAAGGCUUUGAGCGAGUGCACGGACUCGCUGUACCCCGACCUGCGUGAUCGUGCCUUCUUCUACUGGCGCCUCAUGACCCUCGACCCGGAUGUGGCUAGGCGUAUGCUCACGACUACGGAGGCGGUGAAGCUCGGCAUCAACUCCUGGGACGAGCUUCGCCACCACUCCUCCCAGCAGCCGGGCACCGGCAGCGGCCUGCAGGAGCUCGGUACGCUCGCCUCUGUUGUGUCCAAGCCGCUCCGCCUGCUCAUCGGAGAUAACGUGAUUGGCAGCUCAAACAGGUGCUUGGUUGGCGUCAACGACGAUGAGGACGCCAAUAGCGGUGGGGAGGGUGACAACGAUGAAGCCAACGGGUACACCGGGGGCAGUAGCAACGGGUCUGCUGCGGCAAAGGUGCCGUUGGCCACGGCUGCCAACACUUCCUUGACCGCUCACGGCUCCGCGGCCACCGUGCUGCCCUCGAGCGAGACCACCACGAGCUUCUCGACGGUGCUGACUCCCGCGCAAGGUAACGGUGUGCAGGUGGAGAUGAUGUGGUCGCAGUUGGGUUCGAAGCUGGUGUUGUGCUCUCGUCUGCGCCUCGUGGCUGGCGAGGACUACAUGCACCACACCCGCGUGCUCACGAUGCAGAUCAACUGGAACAUGUUCGGCCUUGGUGUGGCGCAGGUGUUCCCCACGACGUCGCUUGAGUGCGAUGACAAGCCGGUAGAGGUGAGCGUGCUGGUCUCGUGCAACAACAAGAAGUCGCCGACGGCGGAGCUUCAGGUGGCCAUUGAGCUAGAGUGCAUCGGAGUACGCUACGUGCUGGCACCGCCGAUCCCGACGGCCUACCUUCUGCUCCCUGCGACCGGGUGCGAGCCGCAUUUCUUUGCCGAGCAAUGGCGUGCGCUCGGUCACUCCGUGUGGAACAUGCCGCCGCAGCUGCAGGAGCUCAAGUCCGACCUGACGCGGUUGACGACGAACUUGCUGCGCGUGCACUGCUUGAAUCUGGUCCACCGACGCGAGCUGCCGGAGAGGGGGCUUUUGGUACUUCUCCUCUACUGUGAAACGAUCGGCCAUGAGCGUCUGCUGGCUCAGGCGACGCUCAGCGUGAAGGGAAGCGCACUUGUAGCGCUCAGCGUGCGUUCUGCCGACACUCCGGCUGCCGCCUAUGUAGGUGAGUUCAUUAUGCGCGCCUUGUGUCCGCUAUCGACGGAUUGA